GACUGACCGGCUGAGUUUUUGUGUUCAUCGUCUUUCUAAGGCCUGGCCACGGCGGAUGCGUUCGCCCCUACUUUUCCUAUAUCUUACAUUCUUGGCUCUGUUCUUCAGCUGACAGUUCCAUCGUUCCACUUCUGGUUUCAAUAUCCCAGGCUGAUUUCGAAAUCAACGCUGAGAACGUGUCUUAAACCUUUUCGAUUGUGCUCUGUGACCUUGCGCAUCUGUCGCUGCUUCCACCAGCGAUGCUACAAUAAAACAGCGCGCUGCCUGUUUAUGCGCGGUUGUGUGUUUGGUAGCACUCUCACGGACUGAGACGACUGCGGACCUCCCAGGCUGAGCCGAUCGACUGAUGGAGACGGAAAGCGCACGCGAGAUCCUGAGACAUGGACGGCGAGAUCGAGCCUGCUGCACGUACGACUAUUCACAAGGACAACAAGAAUGAUAGAAAUGAGGACGACGAGGACGGAGAAAAAGACGGGACCAAGGACGGAAUCAAUGGCAACCAACAGCCUUCGGAGAUGAUAGACCCGGAUUACGUGCGCAGGGUUGACUUUGAGGCCCAUGGGAAACAAGCCAUACAGCCCAGGUCGACUGAGGACAACGCGCUUCGAAAGUCUGACUCUGACGUGUCCCUGAAUGGUGGUUUCUCAUGGGUGAAAACGUGGUGGAAGUUCAGGAUGCGCGGCUUCGACGACGACCUCGAGCGCGACUGGUGGUUCGCAUCAACUGCCAUUCCACUCUUGUCCGCAACCGUGGCACCGCUUGCGAACGUACUCAGCAUCGCGGCCCUGGUCACAUACUGGCGUGAGGACCUCAGCGACGGCAACGGCGGCGUGCUGCCGGAGCUGCAGGGCACCCCAUUUCGCGACCCCAGGUGGUGCUACUGGCUUAACGUCGUGUCGCUCAUCUGCGGCUUCAUCGGCAACAUCUUCCUUCUCUUUAACUUCACCGGCCGUGUGCGCUAUAUCGUCGCCCUGCCAGCGUCUAUUGUCUUCUUCUACUUGGCCACCGGCAUCCUCACCGCUAUCACCUUGUGCAUGCACAUCUACUUCGCCCCUGUUGCCCCGUACGAAACGUAUACGCAGGGAUUCUGGUACGCUGUCAUAGCAACCAUAUUUUACUUCCUCAUCUCCAUGCUACUCAUGAUCAACAUGCUUGGCUACUUUCUAGGUCACUACCCGCAGCAGUUCGAUCUCACGGACUCGCAGCGGACUCUUAUCCUGCAGACAAUGCUGUUCUUUAUCUGGUUAGCAGGAGGCAGCGCUGUCUUCUCCCACGUGAUGACAACGGACGUCGAUGGUGAUGGACCAUGGAACUUUGUGAAUAGUCUCUACUUCUGUGACGUGACCAUCCUGACAGUUGGAUUCGGCGACAUGUACCCGAACAACAACGUCAGUCGAGGCUUAGUGUUUCCAUACUCCGUGGGAGGCAUUAUCUUCCUUGGCUUGGUAAUCAGUUCGAUUUCGAAGUUCGCGAGCGAGCUCAGCGAGGACAAGGUCAUUAAGAAACACGUCGAACGGACCAGAAAUCGGACAGUUUCUCAAGCUAUCAGCGAGCCGGAGGAGAUCGAACGCAUCACCUCCCGCGCAGACGCCGUCGUUUCACACGGAGGCCAACACGUCAAGAUCUCGGGCCCACUGAACCCAAGGAGACUACUCAACAUUAGUGAGAACAUUGGUCUUUCUGUCUACAACCGACAAGAUCACAAGAAUAUAGCGCUUCACCAACGCAGGAGAUCGUCGGCCUCGCAUAUACCCCAUCCCGUGAGGAGACGAACGAAAUUAUUCGACGCCGCAACAUAUCAGGCAAAAAAGUUAGUCAUCCUUCGAGACGAAAAAGACCGGUUCAACGCUAUGCGCAUGAUCGAGGAGCAGACGCAGCGAUUCAAACGCUGGUACGCGCUCUUUCUAUCUGUCAGCUCAUUUAGCCUCCUCUGGGUCGUGGGUGCUAUUGUCUUUUGGCAAUGCGAGAAGGGGGCCCAGGAUAUGACCUACUUCCAAGCCCUCUACUUCUGUUAUGUAUCACUGCUCACCAUCGGCUACGGCGACCUUGCGCCUAAAUCCAAUCCGGGACGGUGCUUCUUCGUUGUGUGGUCCCUCAUUGCCGUUCCUACGAUGACCAUCCUCAUCAAUGACUUGGGAGCCACUGUCAUCUCCUCGUUCAAAAAAGGCACCUUCCGCUUCGCAGACUUUACACUGCUUCCAAAAAAGGGCGUGUGGCGCGAGUGGUUGGAGUCCCACCCAAAGAUAUUCAGAUACCUCCAGCGUAGAAAGGAGGAGCGUGAGAUGAAGAAGCGCAUCAAAGAGGGAAUGAAGUUUCCGGGAGAAUACAAUGGAGGGCUUAUCGAUGUGGACGCAGAAGCAGCGGGGUUGCGCCCUGAUCUCGAGACGCUCUCCCGAGAAGUGGAGGACGAUGUCGAGAGGAAGCACACCGAGUCUGAGGAGGUACUCGCCCGCCGCUUGGCCGUCGCCAUUCGCAGCGUAGCUGCGGACCUUAAGAGUGAGCCUCCCAAGCGGUACAGCUUCGAAGAGUGGGCAGAGAUCACGCGUCUUAUUAGAUUCACGUCUCACGGAGACGACCUUGCGAUCGAGGAAGAAGAAGAGGGUAUCUUGGAGUGGGACUGGCUGGGUGAGAACAGCCCAAUGAUGGUCGGACAGUCCGAACCGGAGUUUGUCCUUGACCGGCUGUGCGAGAGCCUUGGUCGGUACAUGCGUAGAGUUGAACGGGCCAAGAAGAAAUUGCACAUCGGCGAGGGCAUAAAUCUCAAUCGGAGUGACGACAUUGACGAAAUUCUGGAGCAGCAGGACAAGCAAGCCAUGGACGGCCCAGCGGCGGAUGAGGUAGUUGUCGAAGAUGAAAACAGCAGCAGCAGGGAUCUAAGGGCUAGUGGAGGGAACGGCGUUGAUUUAGCAUGAAGAUGGGAUGAUGAAGAAGGUGACGUGCGAUAUUACAAAGGGAUCAGCAUUUUGUUGCGCUGUACAUAUAGAUGCUCACACAUAUUUCUCUUCGGAUAUGUAACUUUUAAAUUCAAUGAUUCUGUGGAAA